ACAGACGGCUGUGCGAGCUUGUGCCAGGCAUGGCGUCGGAACCGGGCACUCAGUCCAGAGUGAUGUUUCAGACCAAAGAGGUGGAACCUGCCCAACGGAAACUGGGCAAACUAACGGUCAAAUACAACCGCAAAGAUCUCCAGAGGAGACUGGACAUCGAGGAAUGGAUAGACGGCCAGCUGCACCUGCUGUACGACUGUGAGGAGGACGACAUUCCUGAGCUGGAGAUCGACAUCGAUGAACUUCUAGAGCUCACAGAUGAGGAGCAGAGAUCAAGACUGCAUGAGCUUUUGCAAGAAUGUGGAAAGCCAAAGGAGGACUUUAUCAAUGGACUGCUUUAUCGGAUGAAGGGACUGCGCAAGAUGUCUGGAUCUCUGAAGAAAUAGGAUUCGGUCAAAGUCUGGAAUUUUGAAGAUAAUGUGAACUAGUCUGCUCAGCCCUCUCCCUUAGACUCCACCCACCCUGGCUCCGCCCCUGAAUGUCCCUGUGUGUUAAGUCUGUGGGGGUCUCACCGCACACGUGAUGACAGCGUACAUAGAGUGUACAGUUUUAAUCAAUCUCCCAGCAGACACAGGGUCACAUCAAACGUAUCGCCUGCUACUCCAAUGAUUUAAUGACUUUUUUGUGAUAUGUACAUUUGGUUGCCUAUUUAUAUGUUUUUGUUUUGACAAGUGUUGUAACAAUAAACAAGUACUUUUCGAAAUUCAUGAUUCAGACAUUUUCAGAGACUGAAAACAAAUCGAGAGGUUCUUUCUUUUGGUCGUCU